AUGGAAGGAGGAGGCGCCACCAGCUCAUCACACAAAAGGGUCGCCCUGGUGACCGGAGCCAACAGAGGGAUCGGGCUGGAGGUGUGCCGGCAGCUCGCGUCCGGCGGCGCGACGGUCGUCCUCACGGCCAGGGACGAGAAGCGGGGCGCCGUGGCGGUCGACGCGCUCCGGGAGCUCGGGCUGCCGGACGUCGUGUUCCACAAGCUGGACGUCGGCGAGCCGUCGAGCGCCGCUCGUCUGGCCGACUUCGUCAGGGAUAGGUUUGGCAGGCUGGACGUGCUGGUCAAUAACGCGGGAGUCUCCGGGGUGAGAAUGGACAUCGGAGACCCGGCAGCUCUUCACCAAGUGCGUACAAGUAUGAGUGCAGUGGAGAGGCUCGAGUGGUUCAACCAGAGGACGACAGAGCCUUUCGAGGAGGCAGAAGAAUGCCUAAGAACAAACUACCACGGCACAAAAAAUGUGACGGAGGCGCUGCUUCCUCUGCUUCUGUCCUCCUCUGAUGCAAGAGUUGUUAACGUCUCCUCUUCUUAUGGGUUACUAAGGUUUUUCAGUGGAGAAGAACUUAAACACGAGCUUAACGACAUCGACAACCUAUCCACAGAGAGGUUGGACGAAUUGUCAGGACUGUUUCUCAAGGACUUCAAGAAUGGCCGGCUGGAUCACCAUGGAUGGCCAGUCGGAGGGUUCUCGGCCUACAAAGUGUCAAAGGCCCUGAUCAAUGCUUACACAAGAGUUCUCGCCAAGAAGCACACAUCGAUGCGCGUUAAUUGUUUAGAUCCUGGCUAUGUUAAGACAGACAUCAAUUUCCACACCGGGGUUCUGACCGUGGAGGAAGGCGCGAGAGGCCCCGUGAUGCUGGCACACGUGCCGAAGGAUGGGCCGACGGGAGCCUACUUCAACGGCACAGAACAAGCAUCCUUCGUGUAG